AUGCGCACAACCGCACACUCACUCAACGCCCUUCUCCGCGCGCACGAACGAGGACGACCCGAGAGCAACACAAGCACGCAUAGUCUGCGGAACAACUUUGCGCACAUAAUCCCCACCAGGCCAACGCCAACCUCAGCCACAGUGGCAUCAAGUAGUGGCCACCUACUGCCGAGUAUCGAAGGGUUUGUCAACAUAGUGACCGCAGCGCUGAAUACCAAGACGGCGGUUCUGGUGACUGCCCUAGUGUAUGUUGAGCGGUUACGCAAGAGGCUGCCGGUUUCGGCGACGGUGGCUGCGGAUACCCCGUAUAGGGUGUUUUUGGCAGCAUUGAUGUUGGCGGAUAAGUUUUGGUCGGAUCAUACGGUGUCGGCAGAGAACUUUGUUGUGGCUGCUGGGGGCGCGUUUAGUCGGAGAGAAAUUGCCGCUAUGGAGCGGGCGUUGCUGAAACUGCUUGGAUUCAGACUGUAUGUGUCGGCGGAUGAUAUUCGCCAGCAUGCGCGGAGACUUGGCUUUGCCAUUGACGACGAGACUUCUCUUCCUGGUGUUAUGUAG